AUGGAGGAGAGAAGUGAAAAAAGCCACGCUAUUCAAGCUGUUAUAGAGAUCAGAUACGUGGCAGACACAGCCACAUGUGAGAACCAGAGUAAUCUCACAGACUUGGUAAUACUAAGUACUAGAACCAGAGUUUGUGAUCUGCGACUCCAACAGCCAGUUCGAUUAGCCAAGGACCCCAGCUGCUCCGGUGCCACAGAUGGAUCCUGCUCCUGCGUGGGUUCCUGCAAGUACCAACAGUGCAGAUGCACCUCCUUCAAGAAGAGCUGCUGUGCGUGCUGCUCCAUGGGCUGUGCAAAGUGUGCCCUGGGCUGUGUCUGCAAAGAGGCCUCCGACAAGUGCAGCUGCUGCGCCUGA